UACGGCGAGAACUGCUCGAUGCGAGUGUGGUAAAUCAUGGUUACACCCGUUUAAGUGGUACUUUUGACAGGGUCUUGUCUGAGAAAUCCUGGAAAAACAGAGCGGUCUGGAGGUAGGAGCCGGGCACUGCGACGUCACCGGACUGCGGUGCGAGCCAGUUGGGGGAUGGUGAGCGGCUCCUGGCCGGGGCUGGAGGAGCACAAAGCCCGACUCUCGUCUCGCUCGUCUCAACUCGAGUCGAGUCUGUCGCCACGGUGUCUCUUCGUUUUUUUCCCCCCGUCUUUUUCACCCGCUCGACCGCGGGCCGAGCUCAGCAUGCCCGUGCCCGAGGGGUUCUGUGUUUAAAGCGAUGACCGGGACUCGGAGGACGUGAGAUGUGGAAGCACGGCGCACCCCGGACAAAAGAAGAGCCGACAUUCGGGUGCCGGAGGCGGAGCGUGGGGAGAGCCGCGCCGCUAGCUGGCUAACUGGAUAAGCUGAGCUCUGCGUGCGGUGAAACUAACCGGAUAAGGGAAAGGGGAGCGAAGGAUUUGCGCGGUCACCGUGAACGGAGAGCCCGCUCCGGGGCGAGGGAGGGGAGCAGUCGAACAAAUAUGGGUCUUAUAUUCGCCAAACUGUGGAGUUUUUUCUGCAACCAAGAGCACAAGGUGAUCAUUGUGGGCCUUGACAACGCAGGGAAGACGACCAUCCUGUACCAGUUUUUGAUGAACGAAGUCGUGCACACAUCACCCACAAUAGGAAGCAACGUGGAGGAGAUUGUGGUGAAGAACACGCACUUCCUCAUGUGGGACAUUGGCGGCCAGGAGUCCCUGCGCGCCUCGUGGAACACAUAUUAUUCCAACACGGAGUUCAUCAUCUUGGUAGUGGACAGCACAGACCGGGAGAGGCUCGCUAUAUCCAAGGAAGAACUGCACAGGAUGCUGGCCCACGAGGACCUGAGGAAGGCAGCCGUGCUGAUAUUUGCUAACAAGCAGGACAUGAAGGACUGCAUGUCUGCUGCUGAGAUCUCCAGAUCCCUCACGCUGAGCUCCAUCAAGGACCACCCGUGGCACAUCCAGUCAUGCUGUGCGCUCACUGGGGAGGGGUUGUGCCAAGGCUUGGAGUGGAUGAUCUCGAGAGUUGGGCUCAGAUAACUGGGACCCCCUCCACCUGAGCCCCGUCGGACUCUCCGCAGCUACCAUCCGAAAAGACGUUCUCGUUCUGCUUCAGCAACGGUGCCCGUGGCCCGCAGACACAAUUUUCUACCCAGUAGAGGCUUGUGGAGGGCACGGGGCACAUUGGCUAAAGUGAACCCACUCGCUUUGGAGCGGAGAACUGCGAGCCCCUAGAAACUGGUUCAGUGCAAGACUGUCUGGCAACUUGGCCCGUGCACAUUGUGCUUUUUCGUUUACAUUCGGUGUAAAAAUUCUGCUAUGAACAGGAAGAGUGUUCUACACAGAGGCCUAUGCUGUUAUUUAUUUAGCAGACACAUUUAUAUAACACUGCUUAAAACUGAGAGAAUUAUUAUCCCAUUUUACUUAAGCAGCAGGGUAUUUGCAACGUAGGAAUUCUGUGUAAGUGUCUUGAUCAAGGGUACUGCAGCAGGAGGGGGAUUUGAAUCCGGAACCUUCAAACGACAAGGCAGCAGUCCUGACUACUACACUACGUGUUAUUCUGAAAAUGUAAUGGGUUUGAAUUUAUUUCAUAAUGGAGAAGUUCGACAGCAGACCAUCUCAUAAUGAUGGCCUCUGUGACCCCUGGGCCUAAAGCCAGAGGUGUAGCCGCUGUGAAUAACUAUGAUCGAAAGUCCACAUCAAGGUAAAAAGGGAGGGUUAGGGGUCAGUCACCUCAGCGUAUAGUUUCUUUCAAGAUGAAAGGGUCACUAAAAGUAGUUAUAUAGCUUACACAGCAUAUUUACAGAAAAAACAUGUUUUCAUUGCUACCCACCCCCCCCUUUGGCUGUGAGCCAGGUGUGGCGAGAACUUGCCUUGGCUGCGAUUCUCUCUAACUUUUUAAAAUUUUCAUCUGCAAUAGUCUGCUUUCUGUGGGGGUCACUCACACUCUUGGAAUUGGUAUUUCAGAGGCGUCGGGGUUGCCUCACCAGUAGUGACAUUAAUUUGAUUUAGACCCAAGUGUGGAUGUUUGUUUGUUGUACAAUGUUUGUUUCCGCUCAAGUUGCAGAUGUUUAUCAGGGCCAUCUCAUAAGCUGAAAUAAACGGCUGCGUGCGGGCGUGUAUCCGCACGAACCCUUGGGUCCUGGUUACCCUCCAGCAAGGUUUUUACCCUGUUCUCCCUCCAUACAUGUUUUCUCAGGCUUCUUAUCAGGAAGAAGUGUUUUGGUGGCAUGGGGGAGGGAAGAGUUUCAGCCAUCAUGGAAAACCACUGCAGUUGAUUUGUUUAGAUGACAACUUUUUUUUUUU